AUGACCAACUUUAUCAAAGUCGUCGUUUCUCGUAUCUCUGUUUCUUUCGCUUUAUUGAUGCUAAUUUGUGGUGCAAAAGGUCAGCUUUCUGGUUGCCAAGGAGUAAUCAACGUACAAGAACAAUCGGACCUUUCUCAAUUAGACGGCU